AUGGGUAUUCUUGAUAAUUUCAAGGCCUUUGUCCACUCGAUAACUACGCAGGAUCAUUACGCAUCAUAUAAUUCACCGUAUAGAAAUGCUUCUACUGGUGAAAGUCAAUUGCCCAAUGGGAUCUCGGGUGGUUCGAUGUUGCAAUUGAACCCAGAUAUAAAUUCCUCGACAACCUCGUUGAAUGACACUUCGGCUGGAUUUUAUAGACCGGGUAUGAAGUCGUCACAGACACAGAUCCAAGAUGUUCCUAUGCAGAACUUUGACUCCAAUGGGUUACCACCACUCCCCUCAAUAGACUCAUUAUGGGACAGAAUUGAGCAUUGGAUCGAUGAAGAGUACCCCGAACUCGACGACAACUUAAAUGAUGGAGUCACUUCAGCCGACUUGAAUGAAUUCCUUCUGGACUUGAGGUGCGGCUCGCGAAGUUUGCCCGAGGACUUUAGACAAUUUUACAAAAGACACGAUGGCCAACUUAGAGGCGGGAAACCUACUGGGUUGAUAAUGGGCUUGGUGCUCUUGGACUUGGAGACCAUUGUAGAGGAAAACAUGAUGUGGAACAAAGUCGUAGAGAGAUUGGAGACUCAACAGCAAGCAGCUAAACUUCAACAGGCAAAAGCAAGCGUCGAAGCUAAGGAAGGUAGCAGUAGUCUGCACCAACACCAGCAGCAGCAGCACCAGCAGCAGCAGCAGACAAGUACUUUCAUGAACCACCAACGUUCAAUACCUCCUAACUCAAUACAACCUGAAUAUUUCAAUAGAGGUUGGAUCGUUUUGCUUAAAGAUAAUACAGGCAAUCAAGUUGCUAUGGACUUGAACCCUGGUCCGCUGGGUACAUGGGGUCAAAUAAUUUUAUUUGGACGUGAUUUCGAUACGAAAUUAGUGAUUGCCCAGAAUUUACAAGACUUUAUCUUUUCGUUUGUACUGGAUUUAGAAGCUGGAAAUUUCCUUAUUGACUCUUCAGAAUACCUGGAAGAAUUGGGAUACCUUUCGCCUGAAAGAGAUGGGGAUUACAUGAUUGGCGACGAAGAAGAAAAUCAAGGUGAACUUAGUUUCUACGACAAGGAUGGCAAGGAAUUUGGUAAAGGUUCAAUCAGAGGCAGACCAAAUUACAUUGAAGUAUUGAAAAAGAGAGCUUUGAAAAGAUAUGGAUUAAACGAGAACUUUCAAACCAUUUAUCAACCGCAAAGGCCUCAUAAGAAAACUACGCACCCCUCAGCGCACUCAGGUAGAAAUAGCCCGAUGAUUCAAUCAAGAAACGGUUCCACGCAGAACUUGAGAAGAAACAUGUCAAACAACAACUCCACUGCAAGUUUAUCAUCCUCCUUGGCUAUUAACAAUAGUAACACCAAUAGUAAUACCAAUAGUAGGAAAAAGACCCCCGUUCCAAGCCCAUUAGUCAAUUUGGACAAGAGCUCAAGCACCUUUUCAAUCCCAAAGGAAACAAUCAUCGAUGCCAAAAAGCAAACUUCAAUGGCUGAAAAUUCAGCAGCUAAAGAGACUAAUUUGAGUGACGAUUUGGAGGAGUUGACCGUCGACGAUUUGAAAAAGAAGGAGGAGACGAAAGUGGUGGAGAAAAAGCAGGAGGAGCAGGAUGAAGAAAAAGCUGAUCUAAAGCCAGUUGAUAAAGAUUCUGAAAAGAAUACGACACUGCUGAACGGGGCAGUUUCCAGUGAAUCAGUUGAGCAACUGGAUAAGAUAGUCGAUAAUAAGGGGCCCGAAAAGAUUGCUAUAAACUCUACUAGCGCUGAGGAUGCGAAGGCAGACGAGGGUGCCAUUGUCGCGGAAAAAAAACCACAAACCACAAUUUUGGACGAUGAGCAAAAUGAUUCUACGGAAAAAGAAGAAGAAAAAGAGGAUGAAGAAGAAAACAUUGCUAGUCAAACUGAAUCCACAGGAACUGAAACAGAGAAGCCGAUGUCUAAAUCGCAAAAGAAAAAGCAAAAGAAAAAUGCAAAAAAGCAUGCUGCUCAACUGUAA